GGCCUGCGGGCGGCGCUGGUUCCGCUGCGGGGUGAAGGGCUCAGGCGGGCGGCUGCGCGCUGCUGCUGCUGGAGCCGCUGCGGGAGAAACAUGGCUGGAACCUCGUCGGUAGCCGGUGAGGUGUUCGUGGACGCGCUGCCGUAUUUUGAUCAGGGUUAUGACGCUCCGGGAGUCCGGGAGGCGGCUGCAGCCUUGGUGGAGGAGGAGACCCGGCGAUACCGGCCUACAAAGAAUUACCUGAGUUACCUGCCAACACCUGAUUUCUCUGCGUUUGAGACUGAGAUAAUGAGGAACGAGUUUGAGAGGCUUGGUGCUCGCCAACCUAUGGAGCUGCUCAGCAUGAAGAGAUACGAGCUUCCAGCCCCCUCAUCCGGACAGAAGAAUGACAUCACAGCGUGGCAGGAUUGUGUGAAUAACUCGAUGGCCCAGCUGGAGCAUCAGGCCGUGCGAAUAGAAAACCUUGAUCUGAUGGCCGAGUACGGAACCAACGCCUGGAAGUUUUCUAAUGAUAAUUUGGCUUUCAUGAUUGAAAAUGCACAAAAGGAACUGCAGAAGGUUCGAAAGCAGAUUCAGGAUCUGAACUGGCAGAGAAAGAACGAUCAGCUCACUGGAGGAGCCAAACUGCGAGAGCUUGAGUCAAACUGGGUGUCCCUUGUGAGUAAAAACUACGAGAUCGAGCGCGCCAUCGUGCAGCUGGAGAAUGACGUCACCCAGCUGAGGCAGCAGCAGGGGGAGGAGAAUAAAGAGAACAUCAGACAGGACUUCUAACCAGAGGCAUCUUCCCAGACAAACCUGGAAUAACCAGCGGACUCGGAUAAAGUGUGCGGAAAAGACAUUUCAGAGAAUAGCGGUGGAGUGUCCCAGAGAGGAAAUGGCAUCAGAAAUGUUACCUGUUUUUGAAAGCCUGGUACCAAACAGCUCAGCAAAGCUCUGUUGGUAGUUUGUAUGUAUUUUUUUAUAAUUUUUAAGCUGUACAAAUGUAAUAAAAGCUUUCUUUGGCGAA